UUUGUCGACAGCUUGUGAACAGAUUUGUAACACUUACAACUUGUUUGCAUGUACUUGUAACAACUUGACGUGUGUUUUCAUGUGGGUACAAUAUCCUAUGUAUUUUCAGCAGUCACCAGAUGCCCUUCCCAUAAUGCUUUCAAGUGUUUUGGUGAAUGUGGUAAUAAAGAUUGUAAUACACAUUUCUUGGAGCACUCCGCUUAUCUCGAACACGUCAAAAUGGCGGUGAAGAAACUUGCUCAGCCUGUCGAUAACUGCAUGAAGGUGAGUAAUACAUAGUAGUAUGUGAGUCCAUCCGGUCUUCAGGGUUUUUUCUGGAUUUUUUGCUGGGUCUGUCUUUUGCACAAAAGUCUAAAAGAUUGAGUUUACAGUACCUACAUAUACAUCAGGGAGUCUGGGGGACAUAUCCCUCGGAAUUCACGUUGCAAAUUCAACCCGAACAACUUCAAUCUUACUGUACUUAAACUUUCCAUGACAUGACUGAGUUUCAAAGUUCAAUUCAAGAUUGAGUUUUGGGGCCCAUUUAACAGCCACAAAAAAGUCCUGAAAAAAAAAACCUGGGUCUUUUCAUUUGGCUGUUGGUCCAUCUGUUACUCCAUUGGUUGGUGGGUCGACAGCCAGUCAAUUACUGUUUCAAUCUGAUUUUGGUCCAUCUGUGGGGUCAUCCAGGGCUUGAAAUAACGUUUCCAAAGUUCCCAAUCAUGGUGAUCGGCAGUCAUGACUUUCCAUACUUUUUCAGGUUGGAAACCCUUGCCAUUCAUUGAUUGGCGAUUGGCUGUUAUUUCAAGCUCCGCCAUCAGUCAAUUAGUUGAUCUGACCAUUACUUUGUCAGUUGGUCCAUUUUGUCAAUCUGUUGGUUGGUCAGUGAAUCCGUCAAUCUUCAGACUGUUGUUCCAUUUGUCAGUCCAUCCUUGGUUAAUCAGUCAGUCAUUUACAGUACCUAUAUUUUCAUUGUUAUUUUUCAGUGUCAAGCUGUGUUUUUCAACCAAGAUGAAAAACUAAACCACAGAUGCUACAAGAAUGUCCUAAACUCGCCUCGUUCCGGUCCGAUACAACACUUCACCUCAACCCGUCUGCAGGCCGAGAAAGACAUCGUCCAACCUCACCCCACAUAUCCCAACAAAACACAUUUUACUACUAACCCUGGACCUAUUUGUACACAACACUCUUACAAACCACAAACAGAUAUAAAAAUGGACAAAAAAUAUUCAUCUAUAUGUAGUAGUUUAAAAGAUAAUGAGAAGGUUUUAAACACUGUUUUACCAAAAGCAAUGCAAGUGGAUUAUUCGGCUGCCAAAACAGACAAACAUUGGCCAAUACAGAAAGCAUACGAUGGCAAUACGUUUAAUUCUGGUAGUCCAUCACCCAAGCAAAAUUCGAUUCCCAGACAGGCAGGUUGGUCUGUACAGAAACCUUUCAAUCCCAAUACAUUUAAGUUUAUAAACGUAUCAACCACAAAUCAUAAGCAGACAGCCAAUACCUUUAAUGCCGUCAGCCCCUCUACAAGUCAUGAGAAAUCUUCAAAGGAAUUGGAGCCUGUGGGAGUGUUUUGGGAUUUUGAAAAUUGUUCAGUACCCAAGGGCAAAUCGGCUCAAGCUGUUGUACAGAAGAUACGUAGCGUGUUUUUCAAAGAGAAGAGGGAAGUGGAAUUCAUGUGUGUGUGUGAUACGAGUAAGGAAAAGAAGUCGGUCAUUGAGGAACUCAAUAAAGCUCAGGUAAAAUAAACUAAGAUUUUCACCAACAAAAUCUUGAUAUUUAUACCCAUACCUUGACACAAGCCUGAAAAUAAGCAGCCAGUCACUGACAUUGUCCGGUACAGGGCGAUUAUAUAAGCGCCCUGGUCCGGUACGAAUAGACAAUUCCCAUUAUAGACUAAUUUUAAAACUAGACAAAGAGACGCAAAUAAAUCACCACAGCUAGAAGGAGCGCACUAAAAUGAGUAAAAUUGCAAGGUUUGGUUGCGAAAUGUUGUAAAAUACGGAAAAUUUAUUAUAUAGCCUUGCAAAGUUUUCAAAUUUUGUAUACUUUUGUAUUGCGUGCGGAAAUUGCUACCAUUUUCGGCCCAAUUGUGGUAGCAAUUUCCGCACGCAAUACAAAAGUAUACAAAAUUUACGAACUUUGAAGGCUCAGUAUAUUUUCCGCAUUUUACAACAUUUCGCAACCAAACUUUGCACUUUUACUAAUUUUAGUAUGCUCUUUCCGGGAAAAUAUUUUUUUGCCAAGAUAAAAAAUUAGUCUAUAAUGGGAAUUGUCUAUUGUCACCAGCACAACUGGCUUUUUUUCCGUACAGUUUGUCCGGCAGCAUAUUAAUACAACUAUUGAUGAUGAAACUGUCUACAACUGGCAUUAAAAAAUUCAUUAUAAUCAAAAUAUUUGCAUUCCGCAUUUAAAAAUUAUGUGCAUGUCCAAAUCUCAUGGCGUAUGAAUAUGCCUGUGAAAAUGCUGUGAAAUUUACGAUUGUUGUUGAUGGAUGAUUCCAGCUAUUGACUAAGUUUUGAUCUCGGCAAGAAGAACAAAAUCCAUCACCACAGCUAGAAAGAGCAUGUUUAAAUUAGUAAAAUUGCAGAGUUUGGUUGCGAAAUGCUGUAAAAUGCGGAAAAUAUAGCCCUACGAAAUUGCAAAUUUUGUAUUAAUUUGUAUUACAGUACGCGCGGGGAAAUGCUCCACAUUUGGGCCGACGAAAGUUUGUAAUGCAAAUAAAUACAAAAUUUGCAAAUUUCGUUGGGCUAUAUUUUCCACAUUUUACAACAUUUCGCAACCAAACUUUGCAAUUUUACUAAUUUUAACAUGCUCUUUCUAGCUGUGGUGAUGGAUUUUGGUCUUCUUGCCUAGAUAAAUAUAAUGUAAUGAUGAAAUUUUUGUUUAGGCUAGUUAAGAUCAAAAUUUUGGAAAAGUGGUAACCGUUUCCCGCUCGUAAUACAAAAUGACUGAAAAUUGCAAAUUUCGCAGGGCUAUAUUCGCAUUUUACAACAUUUCACAACGAAACUUUGGAAUAUUACUAAAUUUGUGAUGCUCUUUCAUGCUAUGAUGGAAUUUUGUCUAGACUUGUUGAGAUCAAAAUUUUGGUUAAUUGGGGAUUGGUCCAUUGAAUUAGCUGUAUACAGUACAAUGCGCCUUUGGUUAAUAACUUAUUUUCCUAGUUUCUCUUCAGGUCACCGUUGUGCACAUCAAUGCGACGUCCAAGAACGCAGCGGAUGAUAAAUUGCGUCAAAGUUUGCGUCGUUUUGCGCAGACUUACAGUCGACCUGCGACUGUUAUUCUUAUCUCGGGAGAUGGAAAUUUUGCCAUGGAUUUAUCUGAUCUGAGGCAUCGUCAUAACUUUCAAAUCUUUUGUCUGCAUAACGCUGCUGCGUCAUCAGCCUUGCUUGGUUUCGCUCAUGAGACGCAUCGCUUUGAUCUAUUCACAGAGGAUCUUCAGAUGUUUUCAGCUUCACAGGUAGUGUAGAUUUUUUGUAUGUUAUGUAGAGUUGUUGUUGUUAUCGUUUUUUUAUUGUUGUUGCUAUUGUUAUUAUUGCUGGUGGUGUUGUUGUUAUUGUUGGUGGUGGUAGGGAUGCACCGGAACCCCGAUAUUUCAGAGUUCCGGUUCCGGCCGGAACUAAUAAAAAAAGCAAGGCUGGAACCGGAACUCUGUUAUUUUCAGACGUUUUUGUGUCUUACAAAAGUUCACAGUAGGAAGAAAUUUGGACUACACAAGGAAAAUAUACACUAUUAACACUUCAUUAUGACGUUUAACGUUUGUCAAUCUUUUUAUUGUAACAUUUGCGAGCUCUCUCCUUGAUGACUUGAAGUGUCUGCCUGUCUGGCAGCAGACAAAGUAACGUAUGACCAUAUAUGGCUUAAUAAAUCAGUUCCGGUUCCGGCCGGAACUUUUUUCCAGUUCUGGCCAGAUCCGGUUCCGGCCGGAUCUUAAAAAAUUGGUUCCGGUGCACCCCUAGUUGGUGGUGUUGGUGCUGUUGUUGUUGUUUAUUGUUGAAGUUUGAAACCUAAUAAAACAUUCUUUCUAGUUUAUUAAACAGAACAUAAUUCUGAGUGUAUAUCUACACCGGAUAUACACUCAGAGUAACAUCACAAACAUCGUAUUCACCUGAGUACACAACACCAACACAGAAAAAAAUCAUAUUACUAGAUUACACUGGUAUCGAAGGAACUAGAUUCUGUUCCGAAAUAUCACUUACUCGAACCGUCCUGACCGCGUAGCUCAGUUGGCAGAGCAUUGGGCUAGUAUUCCAAAGGUCGUAGGUUCGAUUCCCACCGUGGCUGGGCAUAUUUUUCAAGCUCGUCCGGUGUGGAUAUACACUCAGAGUAACAUCACAAACAUCAUAUUCACCUGAGUACACAACACCAACACAGAAAAAAACAUAAUUAGGUUAUCAAAUAAUGUUUAGAAUUUCAGACUCCGUGCGAGCAAUCAUUCUCGAACAAAGUCUUGAUUACCAACUUCUUAUUGUUAGUUGUUUGUUUGUUUUCAAACUUCAGACUCCGUACAAACCAUCAUUUUCUAACGAAGUGUUGAUCACCAACCUCCCUAUAUCCAAGAAUGCGACCGUACUGAAAGCAAGAUUGAACAAACUUUCUGAUAACUGUGGAGGGAAAGUUGUGGCAAUCAAUGGAAACAAGGCCAUUGUUCGUUUUCCUAACACUGAAGCAGCAUUUAGGUAAAUUUCGCCUCUGUGGAAAACAGUGUAGAACUGAUGGAGCUAUCCAGUAUAAAUAUAGUUAGUUUAGUUCAGGUUUCCUCCUGUAGUAACACUGGAUCAAUAUGGGAUGAUCCUUACUGGACUUCUAGGAAGAACAGUUUAUAACUGAUGGAGCUAUCUAGUAUAAAUAAAGUUACUGUAGUUUCGUUUAGGUUUCCUCCUGUAGUAACACUGGAUCAGUAAUAGAUGAUCCUUACUGCGCCUCUAGGAAAACCACUUUAGAACUGAUGGAGUUUAGAACUGAUGGAGCUGUCUAGUAUAAAUAAAGUUUGUUUAGUUUCGAUUUCCUCCUGUAGUAAUACUGGAUCAACAAGACAUGAUCCUUACUGCGCUCUAGGGAAAACAGUUUAGAACUGAUAGAGCUAUCCAGUAUAAAUAAAGUUUGUUUAGUUUCGAUUUCCUCCCGCAAUAACACUGGAUCAAUAUGAGAUAGUCCUUACUGUAUCUCUAGGAAGAACAGUUUAUAACUGAUAGAGCUAUCCAGUAUAAAUAAAGUUUAUUUAGUUUCGAUUUCCUCCUGCAGUAACACAGGAUCAAUAAGAGAUGAUCCUUACUGGACCUAUAGGAAGAACAGUUUAGAACUGAUAGAGCUACACGUACCCAGUAUAAAUAAAGUUAGUUUAGUUUAGGUUUCCUCCUGUCGUAUAACACUGGAUCAAUAACAGAUGAUCCUUACUGGACCUCUAGGAAGAACAGUUUAGAACUGAAAGAGCUAUCCAGUAUAAAUAAAGUUUGUGUAGUUUCGAUUUCCUCCUGCAGUAACACUGGAUCAAUAUGAGAUAAUCCUACAUCUCUACAAGACACAGAUCAGAACAGGUGAAGCUAUCCAGUAUGGACAAAGUUUAGUUCGCUCUUACUAAAUAAUCUCCUUGUUUUCCCAGAGCCAGACGAAGGCUGGACAAAGAAGAUUUAUUCGGCUACAUUUUGCGCGCUACGUUACUACCUCUGGCAAACAACAAAGACAGCGGAGAUGUAACGGCUGCAAAACGAAAACAGCCAGACAACGCAAGCCCUGUCAUCACUCCCAGCACUUCACCAUUAGUCAAACCCCUCAUGGAUGUCAGUCUAUAUAACAAGAUCAACGCGAAAUCAUGGAAAGAAAACCAGUCACCAAAUAUUUACACUCCUAGGAACUUCUCCAACGAAAACCUAGUACAGAACUCACCUCCGCUACGCUUCCCAAACCCCCCUGGGCACGCGAGCCCGCAAUUUCAUCAAUUUCCUGGUCAGCGGUUUCCCGGGCACGUGAUGUUCAAUAACAUGUUUCAUCCAACAUUAUUCCAUAGCAUGUUUGGUUUGCAAGGUGGGGCCCCACCCUCCCCUGUUCCUAUAACUACAACGCACUCACCCUUACCUACGCCCCCCUCGCCACUCAGCCCCGUAAUCAAUGGUAUAGUGCGGAGGUCCCCCUCUCCAGAACAACAGUAUAGUGGUGUAGAUCUACUGGUUACCAAUAUCAAUGAAAAAAGAGAUAAAAAAGAGAUAAAAAAGAAAUUGGCUUCGGUGUUUAGAGAACAUUCUAAGGUGAGGUUGUUAUAUUUAAACCAUCAGCAAUUACAUUGUCAUAGAAAAUUUGUUGUACGUACACACAUACACCUGGCAAAUAAAACUUGCCAUAUGAAAACUUUAUCUUGUAAUUUCUCGGGUGGAAGUAAUUAGAAAAGACAGAGAAAUGCCGCCCCGCGCGACAAAUUCCGCCUAGUAGAAAACUGGCUUUAUGCAUGUGGCUAGACUUGGUUCAAGUCCGUCUCUCAAGGGGUUGAAAAUAGCGAUGCACGCGAGCGGUCAAAAAAGGCGCGAAAAUAUGAGAGAAAAGUAGGUACCGACCAUUGAACUAUAAAUAAACUGGAAGGCUAACUCAGGGGGGGGGGAAUUGAAGCCAGUGCAUUUUAGUUUUUCUGAGUUAUGAGCAGAAAUACUCAACACUGAACGUUGGGCUAUAUAUCAAAUUGAAGCUAUUGAAAAACGCUAUUUGGUGUAGAAAUUUCUAGACUUUAGCUAAAAGAGAAAUGUUGAAAAACUACAAACAUAAUUACCGAUAAUUUGCCGUUUUGCAGUUGUUUUUGUAUUUUUGAAAUAUUUUUCUUUUCGCUGAAGUCUUGAAAUUUCCACACCGAAUAGCAAUUUUCAAUAGCUUCAAUUUGAUAUAUUGCCCGACGUUUGGGGUCAAGUAUUUCUGCUCAUAACUCAGAAAAACUAUUUUGGCUUCAUCAAAUCAUAGGCCUUCAUCAUAGCAGUUAGCCUUCCAGUUUAUUUAUAGUUCAAUGGUAGAGACGGACUUGGAUACUCUGCAAGCGCGCCAAAUUUUACCGUCGGAUUUUUCCUACGGAGGCGUGGCUUGCGAGUUGAGAACAACGACAACAUUUUCCCGCCAAGUUUUGCAAGUAACAUUCGAAAUGCUGCAAAUGUCCCAAGUCCGUCUCUCCCUACUUUUCUCCUGAAACGGACUUGAACCAAGUCUAGCAUGUGGCUUUCGUCUCUGUGAGAGGGAGGGGUUUGAUUUCUGGAAUAUGCAGUUAGAAGAUUCCUUGUACUUUGACUCUACCAAAUGUGCUUUCUGGACCUCUAGAGAGAGCAGUUUAGAACUGAUAGAGCUAUCCAGUAUAAAUACAAUUUAGUUCAGGUUUCCUCCUGUAUUAAGAACAGUUUAGAACUGAUAGAGUUAUCCAGUAUAAAGAAAGUUAUUUUAGUUUAGGUUUCCUUCUGUAGUAACACUGGAUCAAUAAGAGAUGAUCCUUAUUGGACCUCUAGGGAGAACAGUUUAGAACUGAUGUUAGUUUAGUUCAGGUUUCCUUCUGUAGUAACUCUCAUGGGUCAAUAAGAGAUGACCUUUACUGGACCUCUAGGAAGAACAGUUUAGAACUGAUAUAACUAUCCAGUAUAACUAAAGUUAGUUUAGUUUAGGUUUCCUCCUGUAGUAACUCUCAUGGGUCAAUAAGAGAUGACCUUUACUGGACCUCUAGGAAGAACAGUUUAGAACUGAUAGAACUAUCCAGUAUAACUAAAGUUCGCUUAGUUUAGGUUUCCUCCUGUAGUAACACUAAAGCAAUAAAUGAUGGCCUUUACUAUGGAGAAUAGUUUAGAACUGAUAAAGCUACCCAGUUAGUUGUAAAGUCAUUUGUGGCUCACUGUUAUUAAUCAACAAUAUAAUUGUGUUUAGGUUUAUUCCGUUGUACUACAUGCAAAGAACGGAGCACCGUUGCGCGCUUUUGUCAAAGUCCCUAAGCUUAUGGAUGCUCAUAUAGCUAUCUCCAAAGUCACGGGCAAAAUGGUGCUUGGUCAGAUUGUUCAUGUCUCGAUAGCCAGCGAGAGGGAUAAAGAAAUGUGUUAUUUACAAGACGAGGCUGUGACGAUACUACAAGAAGCCCCAUUGGGCUGGCUACCUUUGGCUACAUUUUUUACCAACUUCGAGAAAAAGUACCGUCGACAUUUGGAUGCGAGACAUUUGGAGCAAAUUCAAGACGUCGUUGUAGUUAAUGGCUCGGCGGGCUGCCAGACGAUUUCACUUUUAGAAGGAAAGAUUGACUCGCAAACUUUGGCUGUUGACAAUUCGUUUGCUUCAGAUGUCUUUAAGCUUCUUCAUCACUACGAUGGUGUUAUAGCGCUAGUCACUUUACCAGCCUUGUACUGGCUGGAGUUUCAUAAGGAGAUCGAGUUGUGUUCUACUGGGUCGCUUUUGGAAGAACUGUUAUGUCGUAUACCUAAUGUAAAGGUUGUGGGAAGCGCUACCAAACGUUCUAUACAGUGGGUUAAAAAAACCAGCGCUGGUGCAUGUAAGUAUGAAGAAUUUUGCUAUGAUGCAGAUUGCGAUAACGGAUGAUUCCAGCUAUAGACUAAAUUUUGAUCUCGGCAAGAAGAACAAAAUCCAUCACCACAGCAAGAAAGAGCAUGUUAAAAUUAGUAAAAUUGCAAAGUUUGGUUGCGAAAUGUUGUAAAAUGCGGAAAAUAUAGCCUUGCGAAAUUUGCAAAUUUUGUAUUAAUUUGUAUUGCGCGCGGGAAAAUGCACCACAUUUGGGCCGAAAGUGGUGCAUUUUCGUAUACAAAUUAAUACAAAAUUUGCAAAUUCCGAAGGUGAUAUUUUCCGCAUUUUACAACAUUUUUCGCGGGCAAACUUUGCAAUUUUACUAAUUUUAGCAUGCUCUUUCUAGCUGUGGUGAUGGAUUUUGUUCUUCUUGCCUAGAUCAAAAUUUAGUCUAUAGCUGGAAUAAUCUAUUCAAGAUUGGUACACCGGCCUGGUACAAACUGACUUGUACUUGAACGCCCGAAAUUUGGCUUCACCCAAACAUAGUCCUUUAUCAUAGGAGUUAUCGUUCCAGUUUUCUUAUAGUUCAAUGUGCUAUGUAGCCCGCGUGCAGGCCCAAGGGAACUUAGGAAACUGAUAGUGGGCCUGCAAGCAAGGCCCGGUAUUUUGUACUUUCCGCGUUCGCCCACGAACGCGGCAUUCUGAUUGGCUGUUUGCUGUUGGAUUCCAUAAUUAGGUCAGUGAUUCAUCACAAAGGCUCUCGAUAAGCUCAAAAUUCGAAAAUUGAUCACUUUUUUCGAUUAUAAAUGGAACAAGAACAGACUGUUUAUUGUUUACUUGAAGGAAGAGAUGUUUUUUCCGUUAUGCCAAUGGGGAUUGCUUGUCGUGAGGUGUUGGAAUAGCAACAUUACGACUGGGGUAAACUAUAGUAACCUUUACUCGAGUUUCAUUAAUUUCAAACAGACUUGAUACGUUACAUGUUCCUCAAGAAAAUUAUCUUUUGGUUGAUGUUGAGAUGCAGUUGCAUGUAAGCCUGCCUAUUCGAAACACUUUGCGAUGUACAAGGUUUCGCUGAGAGAGCGAAACAGAAGACGGUAUUAAAUUGCCGUUUGAAACGAAACGAUCUGGACGCUCUGAACGCUCUCUUCUUUUGUAGAGUUCUUUACCAAAUGAAAUAACUGAAAUAAAUUUCGUACUUUCCGCUGCCAACAAGAAUUGCACACACGAUCUGAUAAGUGAGACAAUUUAUUUAUAACAAUGCCAAUGGCGACAGCGAAGCACACAUAAUAUAAAUGCUAAUGUGUCGCACGACUUCCCUCACGAUUUGAUGUUUGAGACUGGUUUUCUGUUGAAAUUCGUCCUAAUUUGCCUGUCCCGAUUUUAGUUGAAAAUGAGCACUUGCAAAUUUGGCAAUUACUGACUGCGUUGCUUGCUUUUUUUUAGUUAAAACGCUGCCAUUUACACAUUGUUUAUGUUCUGAAUAAGCAGAGAAAACCCCGCAACAUUUUAAUGCGAGUUUGUUUGUUAAUAUUUGGGUGCUAUCAUUGGUUCUUUUUUGACAAUUGACGCGCGAAUGGGGCGUGUUAUGAAAAGGGGCGUUUUACAAAAUACCAGGCCUUGCUUGCAGGCCCACUAUCAGCUCCCUUGGGCCUGCACGCGGGCUAUGUGCUAUGCUAAUAAACCUGCAUCUAAAUAGGUUAAAGACAAUACAUUUCUACAUGUUUGAAUAAUGCAUGGCUUUAAAGGGGGUGGACAGGGGUGUGCACCCCUGUCCACUCGGGAAAAUUUUGUACGGACAGAAAAUUUUCCGAAAAUAUCAUUGUUAAAAGUUGAAAAUUUUCAACUUCAAAAUUUUUUUCAGACAGAAAAUUUGUGUCGGCCAAUCACAUUUUACAAAAGUUUCUUUCUGCGGAAAGUUUUCCUAAAACGACGGUUUUUGGCAAAAGUUGUGUAAUAUAAAUCAGCCUUAAUAAAUAGUUAUUUAAAUACUGUAUUAAAUUUAUCGUAUCAUGUUAAAUAUAAACAGUUAAUUUGCUUUUUAGGUGACUCGGCGAAUCUUUCACGUCUUAGUUCUCAGCUGGUUGAAAUUCUGCAAGAAGAUCACGAAUUUGAGAUGACAUUUGAGCGACUGAAAGACAGAUAUUUAUCACAUUUCGACGAAGAAUUGGACCCUCGCUCUUAUGGUUUCAAUUCUCUCGCUGAUCUGUUCCAUUCUUUAACAAGCAUUGUGCAGGUAUGAACUCGUAAUUUCCACUAAAACUAUUGUGUGAUUAUAAUGAGAAGAGUGCUUCCAGUUUGAUUCUGCCAAACACUGCAGAUUUUCUCAAGGUACUACGUUUUUUUCUGGACUUUUAUGUAGAACAGAUCAAAAACUGUUAGUUUAGGUUAGUUUGCCUCUUGAAGUAAAACCAAGGCCAAGAAAUUUAGAACUGAUAGAGCUAUCUGGUAUAAAGAAAGUUCUUUUAGUUUAGGUUUUCUUCUGUAGUAACACUGGAUCAAUAAGAGAUGACUCUUACUGGAUCUCUAGGGAAAACUGUUUUUAACCGAUAGAGCUAUCCAGUAUAAAUAAAGUUCGUUUAUAAUUUAGGUUUCCUUCUGUAGUAACACUGGAUCAAUAAGAGAUGAUCAUUAAUUGACCUUUAGGGAGAACAGUUAGAUAGAGCUAUUCAGAUAAAGUAAAGUCACUUUAAUAAAAGGAUUUCCUCCUGUAGCAACACUGUUUAUGAAAAAGUGGUAUAGCCCUUACAGGACCUCUAGAGAGAACUGUUUAUAACUGUUAGAGCUAUCCAGUAUAAAAAAGUCACUUUAGUUUAGAUUUCCUUCUGCAGUAACACUGGAUCAAAAACAGAUAUCACUUACUGGACCUCUAGAAAGAACAGUUCAUAGAACCGUCAGAAUUAUCUAGUGUAAAGAAAGUUAGUUUAGUUUAGUAUAGGUUUAUUGACCUCUAUAGAGGGAACCAUUUGGAACUGAUCAUGAAUCCAGUAUAAAAUCUUGGAUGUGCCAGGUAGUGACGACAACAAAAAAGCGGCGGUGCAUGUGAAGUAUAAAAAACUACCUGAAAAAUAUAAGCAGAAUCUCUUUCGUGGGGAAGUUAAUAGCUUAUCUAGUAUAACAGUAUAAAUAAAGUUAGGUCAGUUUUAAUUGCUCUAUAUAUUUUAGGUGAAAGAGGAGGCAGUGGAGAGUUAUGUGUGUCUUGUUCGUGAGUAUCGGGUCAAGUUAUUCAAGAAAGAAUUAUCAGAUCUUCUGAGUCAUCAAUCACAUUAUAGUGUUCUUCUCUCAAACUUUAUGGCUUCCUAUGUCAAGCAUUUUGGACAAAAAUUUAAACUAUCUUCGUUCGGGUUCACACGUCUUACAGAUCUGAUUAAGGCGGUUUCUAGCGUUGCUGAGGUGAGUUAGGAUCAUGGUUAGAGGGUAAGGGCAGCGGUGUAACUUUAACUUAAAACUUGCCCGGGGCAAAUGAAUAUCGUGACGGGCAGGUAUACCUGUUUUAUCUUGCUUGCCCGAUUGGGCAAGUUGCCUUGCCACAAAAAGCUGGGCAUCUUUAAGUUUAUAUUUUCAUUGUCGGAUAAAUUUUUUAUAGUGCAUGUAUACUUGAUUCAAAUUUUGUUUUUUGUGAGCCAAAGCUAGAUUUGAGGCAGUACAACAUACAGCCAUAUAGAACAGUGGGUGAACGGGUCAACAUGUUGUCCCCUUAAUUUAUACUCCCUACCUAGGUACCCCAGUAGCCAUUGUCUGAUAGCAUGUGAAUUUUAUUUAGGGCAACUAAUUUUCAUGUCCAACUUGCCCUGAGGGCAAGUGGUCAAAAAAGUAAAGUUACACCACUGGUAAGGGGGGAGAUUUUGGGGGUAAUAAGAGUCGGGUUAAUAGCGUCCUUAAGCAUGUAUAGGACGAGAAGGCGACGGCAGACAAACUCGUUGAACCAAAUGAUUGCAGACGAAAACCUGUCGUCUAUUAUCCAUCGAAUAAUACAGUUUGAGGAUCAAGGUUGACACAGGGUUUAUGAUUAAGAAAAGUUCCUGGACCCAAUUUAAAAUAGCAGUUGUGCCAGCUUGAAAUGUAAGCGUUGUAUACAAGACGUGAUAAUCUGUAUUUUGCCGUUGUAAACAGAGCGACGGCGACGUCUAAAACGUCCGUGGGGUUUUAAUUGUUCAUUUUUGUUCAUUUUCUUGCAUUAAUGUGAUAUUAAUAGCUGUCCUCGUUGCACUUUUGGAAUAGGUGCGAAAAAUGCAACUAUAGGCCUUCUAGAUAGGAUUAAAUGUUUUUGUAGAUAUAAAUUUAGUGUGUACAUUUUAUACGUGUAUAUACAUCUAAGCAUUAUUUAAUACAUCUGAGUGUUAGAGUUGACCGUUUUAUAAUUUGACUUCUUUAGAUUGAAGGCGUUGGUGACCAGAGAACUGUUACACUUAUUCACGAAAGUAAGUAAUAACUAUGGAGUUCUGAAUGUCCUAGCCGUACACUGGUAUAAUUUCAAUUCUGAGAUCAUGGGUUCGAUUCUCGCUGCGGACUCAUGACACUUAUGUGAAAAGAGUCAACGCUCUACCGAAAAUCGUGAUAUUUCUCUGGUUUCCUCCCACAGGGAAUGUUGACAGGGUGGGUUGGGAUUAACCCCUAACUGACCCUUCCACCGUAUCUGUGCUCCGUGAUCAGACAUGAGUCAUAAGGUGGCUGCCUGAGGCACCCUUAGAAAGCCUUCGAUUGGAUCAGCUUCAUAAGUCAGCUUAACUUUCAGCUGCAAGUAAGGAUGAUUAACACAACCCAAAGGCAUAGAAAUAUGGAAGUUUUCCACUGUUACUUUUACUCAUGCACACCGCUGUGGGCAACAUACUUGUACACUCUUUCUAACUUUAAAACAUACCUACACAAGACUUAUCUCCACUUAACAGCCACUGUUUACACUCCUGACGAACCUAUCUCGCACUUUUUGGUCACGAUCAACUGAUAUCUUCCACUCCUCAAUGUAACCCUCUCUACAUCUUCGCUCUUUUCAUCUACUGUGCUUCUAACCUUCCAUUUCUCUUUUCUAUUCAUAUAUUUUGUAAUUUUGUCUGUUCUGUAAUAUUUAGUGGUGAGCACCCUGCAUGGGACCUGGUCUCGUUUGUGCUUCGCCUCUUUUGGCACCUGUUUGAUGUUGUCCAUACGUUUCUCAAGUGUAAUAGUGUAUGUGUGUUAUUCAUGUGUCAAAAGAAAGCUUAAAUAAAGAUAAAGAACAGUACUAUAUAUUUUUCCUUGCUUUCUUUUAGAAGAUAAAGAAUCGUCCCAACAGAAAGACUUGGACGAGUUUUUACGCCUUCAUGAAACUAUUCACUCAGUUGAUCAGGUCAAGACAGAUUUAAUGACGAUAGUGAAUGCUCAAGAAACUAAAUUGGUUUGUGUGAGAAAUAUUUCCAAGUUGUACGAAGAUUGUUUCUGCAGAAAGUUUCCUUACGAAAUAUCGCUGUUGAAUGAAGCCCUAGAGAGCCUGGAUAAACCUUUAGAGGUAUGGCUAACUGUGAUGGUCCAGUGUAGGUAGUAUUUUACAAUGAACUGAAAAAAUCUCUCAAACGUGAUGGUUCAAUGUAGGUAGUAUUCUACAAUAAACUACCGUGGUUUGUGUCUGAAGUAGCUGAAAAAGAUAUCUCAAAUGUGGUGGUCCAGUGUAGGCAGUACUCUACAAUAAGCUGGCCGUGGUUUGUGUCUGAACUACUUGAAAAAGAUAUUGCAAACGUGGUGGUUCAAUGUAGGUAGUAUUCUACAAUAAGCUGCCGCGGUUUGUGUCUGAGCUACCUGAAAAAGAUCUCUCAAACGUGGUGGUUCAGUGUAGGUAGUAUUCUACAAUAAGCUGUCGUGGUUUGUGUCUGAACCACCUGAAAAAGAUACCUCGAACCUGGGGGUUCAAUGUAAGCAGUCUCUGAAGUGCCUGAAGAAGAUACCUCAAAUAGUGUAUUUGGUAGGGUCCAGUGUAGGUACUACUGUAUUCUACAUGAAGUUGUCAUUUUAUAUUCCCAGAUCCGUGGCACUGGAAAUGACCGUGUCAUUGGGAUUUUCCACAGUACGGAAGAAGAAAGUCAAAGCAAGGUUGACUUUCUGUUUGUGAAAACUGCCGUCGAGAUCUUGUAUCAAUGUGAAGGAUACACUUUGCCAAGAGAGAGGUUUCAAUGUCUCUAUCAACAAAAUAUUUGUAAGAAUAAGAACAUUAUGGAAGAUGAUGCAAGAUUGGACUGCUUCCCCAGUUGUGUUGUGGUAUGUCUUUGUUUGGGUUCUUGUAAAUUGACUGAGAAUAUUUAAAAUGAGAACGAACCAACUGUUCUCCAUGUCAUCUUAUCAUUAUCCAGUGAUCAGAAUGUUCCAUUGUCUUUUCAUUGUUUUGAAAAUCACACUGUUCUCCAUGCCAUCCAGUCAUGAUCCAUUGAUCAGAAUGUUCCAUUGUCUUUUCAUUGUUUUGAAAAUCACACUGUUUCCAUGCCAUCCAGUCAUGAUCCAUUGAUUAGAAUGUUCCAUUGUCUUUUCAUUGUUUUGAAAAUCCCACUGUUCUCCAUGCCAUUCAGUCAUGAUCCAUUGAUUAGAAUGUUCCAUUGUCUUUUCUUUGAUUUGAAAAUCCCACUGUUCUCCAUGCCAUCCAGUCAUGAUCCAGUGAUCUGAAUGUUCCAAUGUCUUUUCAUUGUUUUGAAAAUCCCACUGUUCUCCAUGCCAUCCAGUCAUGAUCCAGUGAUCAGAAUGUUCCAUUGUCUUUUCAUUGUUUUGAAAAUCCCACUGUUCUCCAUACCAUCCAGUCAUGAUCCAGUGAUCAGAAUGUUCGUCCAUUGUCUCUUCAUUAUUCAGGUCCGAAACGAAGACGUGGAGGAGAUGGCGGAAUUAAGGCGUUCCUACUGCAUUCGUGUACUCGUUGAAGAACUGAAGCAGUUGUUGGCUGCAACUGACGAUCUUUAUAUAACACUGGAUGAACUUCCAAAACGAUAUGAGGAAUAUUUUCAGAAGACGUUUAGUCUGAAAUCACAUGGUUUGUUAUGUCUAGAGGAUCUCGAGGAUAAAUUGAAUGGUUUUAUAGAGGUAAGAGCUACAAACAUGGGAAUCCAGUGUAGGUAGUAUUCUACAAUAUUGCUGUCGUGGUUUGUGUCUGAACUAUCUGAAAAGAUAUUUCAAACGUGGUAGUCGAAUGAAAGUAGCAUUCUACAAUAUUUUGAGGUUUUGAUAUGCAAUUGUCAUUCUAGAUUACAAACUCCGAAAACAACGUUGAUCAUAUUAUUUUGUCUCUCAUCUCUCGUUUUGAAAUGGAAACCCAGAAACUGCUAGAAACCUGCGGUGGAUGUCUCUCCCUCAGUCGAUUUGCUCCUGUUUAUCAACAGAUGUACUCUAAACCAUGUAUCGUCUCUGACUACGGUUAUACCAAGUUAUCCUCACUUGUCAACGCGGUUCCUCAUGUAGCGAGAAUUAUUGGCAGUGGUCCGGAAAAAGUUGUUAUUGCUGUUCAAAGAGCAAUCCCUCAAAGAGUCUGUUCCGGUCAGUACAUAUAUGUUCUUGACUGAGCGAGAGGUCCGUACAGGAUACUGGUCAAGUUCUUUUUUCCGCUUGUAUGGACCGAACCUUAUAUAGACCUUUCCCCUUAUGAGUGAAAUUUUGAUCUAGAUAUGCCUGGACAAAAAUUUCAUCACAGCUUGAAAGAGCAUCACAAAAUUAGUAAUAUUCCGGAAAAUGCGGAUAAUAUAGCCCUGCGAAGUUUGCCGUUUUUUCAGUCAUUUUAAAUGCAUUACAAACGGGAAAUUGAUAAUCAGUUUAAUCAUCUGAUUCGCAAGGCUAUAUUAUCCGCAUUUUACAACAUUUCGCAACGAAACUUCGGCAUAUUACUAAUUUUGUGAUGCUCUUUCAAGCUGUGAUGAAUUUUUUGUCCAGACUUAUCUAGAUCAAAAUUACACUUCAAAGGUCUAUUGACUGAGCCCCGGAAAGGUCUAUUGACUGAGCCCCGAACCUUAUUGACUGAGCCCCGAACAAGCUCAGUCAAUAAGCUAUUUAUUAUAUGGCUGAAAACAAAAAGAGAAAUUCCUUAUAAAAUGAUCUUUAAUAACAUUCAGGCAUAUUUCUCAAGCUUGCCCGGUGUGGAUAUACACUCAGAGUAACAUCACAAACAUCACAUUCACCUGAGUACAUUACACCAACACACAAAAAAUUCAAAACACAACUUGUUUACAACAUUUCAACAUUUUCAAUAAAGCCGGUAAAUGUCUAAUUGAUUUAAUAAUUUAGUCUUUACAUUUUUAUUGGCUGGCAAGAAAAAACAACAAAAUGUUCAAACAUGUUUAUAACUUAUAGUCGUCUUCGUUGCCACUGGAAAGAUACUGUCAGAAUUUCCCGCCAAACCUGAGCGGUCCGUACUGUUGGUUUCCGACCUUUCAGGAACCAAUCAAAAUGCUCUAUUUUCCAGAUGACCGCCUUGCCAUUUUAGUGGUGCAUGUGUGUUUCAGCUCUGUGUCCAGGGUUUCAUUCCUGCAAUAUACAGUUGUCUGAGUAUAAUUUCUCCUCAGUCACAUGUGAUCAGGAGAGUGCUUCCAGUUUGACUCUUAGUAUCUGUGUGACUUCUGUAAUAAUGUGAUAAUAGUGGAUCAAUAAGAAAUGCCUUUGGUGGACCUCUGGGGAGAACUGAUAGAACUAUCCAGCAUAAAUGAAUGUAAUUUUGUUUAAGUUUUUCUUGUAGUAACACUGGAUCGAUAAGAGAUUACUUUUACUGGACCUGUAGAGAGAACGGCUUCGGACUAAUGGAGCUAUCCAGUAUUCUUGGGUUUCAUAUGACGUCACAAAAGUGACGGGGGGUCAACUCUAAAAUAAAACACAGUUGUCAGCGUGAGUCGAUUGUUCGUUUUAUGUAUUAGCCUUGUGUUUGGCGCCAAUACGUGGAAUUUCGUAUCAUUUUUCUCACUCCAGUACAGCAUGAGCAUCAAUGCAUUUGAGGUUCACCCCCGUCAGAUUCACUGCACAAUGCCGUAGUGAAACCCAAGAAUAAAUAAACUUAGUUUAGUUUAGGUUCUCUCCUGUAGUAACCCUGGAUCAAUAAGAGAUGAUCCUUACUGGAUCUCUAGAGAGAACAGUUUGGAACUGAUGGAGCUAUCUAUAGUAUAAAUAAAGUUAGUUUAGUUUAGGGUUUCCUCCUGUAGUACCUCUGCGGAGAACAGCUUCGAAUUAGUGGAGCUAUCCAGUAUAAACAAAGUUGGUUUAGUUUAUAGGUUCUCUCCUGUAGCUGUAACACUAAGAGAUAACUCUCCCAUUUUAAGUAAAUCGUUGAUUUAUUUUCUCCAACAGAUAUGCUCAGUGUAAGGAUUAUUGGUGGAAGCACUGAAGAAGUUUUUUCUAAGAAAGGUAAAUGCUUAUAUAUGAUGUUCAGAAAUAUCUGGUAAUUAUUUUAUAACUACAGUGAAACAACGAUUAACUUUACAAUAUAUUUAAACGUUAUUGAAACGGUAACUUUAUAUAGAGAAUAAUACAUGGGUGCGCGGAAAUACCCGAUUUAUUUCGAGUGUUGAACAUGAUAUCUCACGAGUGAGCGCAGCGAACGAGUGAGAUAUCAUGUUCAACAGGAGAAAUAAAUCUGGUAUUUAUACUAUUUAUACUAUUUAAAGCACUAUACUUUAUAUAAUAAUAUAACUUUAUUAACGUAUUAGAAAAUUUUCUGAAAAUCUCAUUGUUAAAAGUUGAAAAUUUUCACUUCAAAUUUUUUUCCGAGGGAAAAUUUGUGUCGGCCAAUCACAUUUUACAAAAUUUUCUGUCUGUGCAAAAAUUUUCCUGAAUGAGAAUGGCGCGAAAGUAUUUAAAUUUUCCGUGCAGGAUCAGACAAUCUUAUAGUGACCAAUCAAAUUUCGUGUUUCACUGUAGUUAUUAUAUAAAAUGUGUUCUCCUAUAUACUAAAACUCAAUCUUCUUCCGAAAAAAAAGCGGUAGUAUAGACUAAAAUGCUUGUGUUCAUCCCUGAUUGAUCCGUCUGUCUAUCUAGAUAAGCAUGUAGCACCGAUGUCUGGUGCCCAGGACAAAGCCUCGUGCGAGAGGACCACUGUCUCAGAUCCAGCAAACACUAUCCUUCAUUCUCCUGCUGGACAGGAGAAAAGGGGAAAAGCGAGAAAUUUAGAAACGUUCUCAAGUGAACGGUCGAAACUUCGAGUAACCUCGUCCAAAGUACGUCUCGCUGCGAAUUUUACGUUCCCACUCGACGAAAAAAGAUAAUAUUGCACCAAAGGUACCGUUCAUUUAAAUAGUUGUUUUCAACAAAAGUAAUUCGCUCGGUGAAAAUUAGGAAGAAGCUUUAUGUAUCUUUGUAAAUUUAUGGUAUUUUGUAAACGUUUUCAUUUUUUCCUGUUAUUCUUACUUGUUAACUUUUGUAUAGGUAGGUUUUUUUUCUUUUAAAAUAUUAUGUAAGAAAGGACAAAAAAAAUCAUGACGUUUUUUUCCGAAGAACACUUUUGUAAGAAAUAUUUCCACGUGGUAAUUUAUGGAAGAAAUUAUGGGUUAUAUUUAUCGUAGAUUGUAUAUGUAAAUAUGCAAGUAAAUUGUAUAGGAGUUAUACACGUUUAAAUAUUUUCUAGAGAAAAAUAUAUUUUUAUUUAUUAAUUGAUUUGGAUAAUUGGAUUAGUUUAGUGUACCAAGUGUAAUACCGCUCGAACUCUGGUUCAG